CGCCCGCGGCCGCCCGCGCUGCCCGCAGCCCGUGGAUGCGCUGAGCGCUCGGGCACGGAGCCGCCGGCCCCGCCGCUGCGGAGCCCGCAGGCCUUUGUUAAUCCCCGCGGCUCUCGGCGUUGCGCUGCCUCCUGCUCCCUGCGCCCGGGCGGCGGCGGCGGCGGCGGCGGGGGCUGCGCUUUUUUUUUUUUUUUUUAUCCCCUCCCUUUUUUUUUUUUUUUUUCCUUUUUGAAAUUAAAUUAAAUCCCUUCUCGCCAUGGGAUGUACCCUGAGCGCCGAGGAGCGGGCCGCCCUGGAGCGCAGCAAGGCCAUCGAGAAGAACCUGAAGGAGGACGGCAUCAGCGCGGCCAAAGACGUGAAGCUGCUCCUGCUCGGGGCCGGCGAGUCGGGGAAGAGCACCAUCGUGAAGCAGAUGAAGAUCAUCCAUGAGGAUGGCUUCUCUGGAGAAGACGUGAAGCAGUACAAGCCAGUGGUCUACAGCAACACUAUACAGUCUCUGGCAGCUAUUGUACGUGCCAUGGAUACCUUGGGCAUCGAAUACGGUGACAAGGAACGAAGGGCUGAUGCCAAGAUGGUCUGCGAUGUUGUAAGUCGGAUGGAGGACACAGAGCCCUUCUCUCCAGAGCUGCUGUCAGCUAUGAUGAGACUCUGGGCAGACUCUGGGAUCCAGGAAUGCUUCAACCGGUCCCGGGAAUAUCAACUCAAUGACUCGGCCCAAUACUACCUAGACAGCUUAGAUCGAAUCGGAGCUGCAGACUACCAGCCCACGGAGCAGGACAUCCUUCGAACCAGGGUCAAAACAACUGGCAUCGUAGAAACCCACUUCACAUUCAAAAACCUCCACUUCAGGCUCUUCGAUGUUGGAGGGCAGCGGUCGGAACGCAAGAAGUGGAUCCACUGCUUUGAGGACGUCACGGCCAUCAUUUUCUGCGUGGCGCUGAGCGGCUACGACCAGGUGCUCCAUGAAGACGAAACCACGAACCGCAUGCACGAAUCACUGAAACUGUUUGACAGCAUCUGCAACAACAAGUGGUUCACAGAUACGUCCAUCAUCCUCUUUCUAAACAAGAAGGACAUAUUUGAGGAGAAAAUCAAGAAAUCUCCACUGACGAUCUGCUUUCCUGAGUACACAGGCCCCAGCUCCUUCACCGAGGCAGUGGCGUACAUCCAGGCGCAAUACGAGAGCAAGAACAAGUCUCCCAACAAGGAGAUCUACACGCACAUCACCUGCGCCACCGACACCAACAACAUCCAGUUCGUCUUCGACGCUGUCACGGACGUCAUCAUCGCCAACAACCUGCGGGGCUGCGGACUCUACUGAGGCCUCAGCAGACAGGUCCCCCUUCUGCUUCCCCUCCUUGGAGGGUGAUGAGGAAGGAACACGUGAACCCUUCCCUCUGCCCAGAACUGCAGCAUCCCACCUUCCCUGGCCCCCUCCCUGGCUUAUUUGGGUUUAUUUUUGGUGAAUUCCCCUCGCUGCCUCUUUCUGCUCCUCCAUUCCCAUUCGCAGUGCUGUAGAAGGAGCUGAUGCAUUUCCCACAAAGUGCAUUUCAACUGCCAAAAAACAGUAAUACCCCAUUUAAAAAAAAUAAUAAUAAUCAAAGCCUUAAAGUAUUUGUCAGCAACAGCGUAGUUUGGAUCCAAACCCGUUUUUUUUUCUCCUUGAAAUUAAGGGAUAUUUGUAAUGCUUGCUAUUUAUCUCUUCCAAAAUUGCCAUUUCCUGGGCAGCAGCAAAUCGUUUUGAUGCCAUUGCUCCAGCUCCUGCCCCUGGAGCCCCGGGAAGAGCCCCAGCAGCCCCGCUCUGUGCUCUGCUCUCUAUCAGUGACACAGCCACCGGGGGCUGAGGGAGACCCGCACAGUUACAGCACCUCCGAAGCGAUGCCUAAAAUUGCUGCAGAUAACAGUUUUACAUCAAUAUUUUCAGAAUUAAUGUUAAGAUCUGCCUGGUGUAAAGUAAAGAGUAAAGAGUAGAGUAAAGUGGCUCCUGUCCCCAGCCCUGUUGUGCUUUGCUGGGUCCCAUGUGGAAUGGCUGUAGGGAAGUGCCCAUGGUGGGGAUUUCCCUGUGUGCCAAGGGAGGAAGUGUCCCAGCCAGGGCUCUGUGCAUGUCAUGGUGGCCCUGGGGAUGCUGCUGGCAACCCACAGCCCUCUGCCCCACGUUGCACCGAUGGGGACUGCAGGGAAAUGUCCCGGAGCCCUUCCAGACUGACUGCAGUGCUGAUGUUCCUAACUUCAGCUCUGGAACACCAGAAAUAUUCACACCGGUUUCCUGCAGCCAGGCUGUACCUAUAAGGCAGGGAUGUGCUUUUGGAAGCCUCAUUGGAAACCAGCAGCAGCUGGUGGAUUUGUCACCCAUGCCCCUGCAUCCUGGAGGUGUGGCUCCAGAGUUAGUCACAGAGUUGGUCACCUGCCAACCAGCAGAUGGGGAAGGUUGACCUGUCUGCUUUGUGGGGAGGGAGCUGAGCUGAGCUGAGCCGAGUGAUGGAGCAGGAAAAGGGCAAGGAGAGGGGAUUGGGGGAGAGCAGGGGACAAGUGAGUGGGGAGGGGCUGGGGAGCUCAGGGGUCAGAGACAGAAGUUGCAAAAGGACUGUAGGGGAGGUGAAAGCAGCAGGAGGGAGGAGAGGCUAAAGAGCUGAAUGUUAGUUCCAAGUGAUACCUUCAGUGUACGUAACUGUCAGCUCCAGCACGGAGCACAUCAUGUGCAGAGUGCCCCAGUGCCUACACCAGCAGCAAGGCCUUACUGAGCUCCAUCAGCAGAAUCAACUCAGCAGCAUGCGGGGUUUGGAGGUGCGCUGUUUCCACCCCUUACUGUGCCUGACAUUUUCUCCAAUUAACCAAGUCACAGAGGCUGUCUCCAGUGAAGGCAGCACCAAACCAAAGCCUCAGGAGGGUCUAGAAUGGAGAAUGCAGGGCUCUUUCGGGGAAGAAAGUGUGAAUUAACCACAGAUGUGGCUGUGUCACCAUUCCCUGUGACUGGCAGUCCAGGCAGUGCCAGACUGGGGCAGCCCAAGUGCCAGCCCAGUGUCUGCAAGAUGGAGAGCGGGGGCAGGAGGCAGUGCUGCAACGGAGCCUUUCCUUUCCUUUGGCAUUUUGUACAUCUAAAGCUCCAUUCCAGCUGCUGCUGUUGGUGUCCCGUUCCCUCCUUCCCAACAGAUGUGCCUUCUGGAGGCGAUGCUCCUUCGUGGGGUACCACGUGCAGGGCACACUGAGGGGUCGCAGCAGAAAGGGAGAACCUGGUGCUGCUCUGUAUGCAGCGAGAGGGCCAGUUUCAGGGAGAUGGCAAAACUCCAUCAGCUCACUUUGCUGAAGGGCAAUUCCAAAGACGCAGAACCCCGCAGGAGGAAAACCUUUCCAGGGCCUGAUAGCAAUAAGCACACACCCACAAGCACACCUGAACGCACAGCCACGUGCUCCAAAGGCCACAUCUCCUGGGCCCUUAGGGACCCCCUCAGAGAGUGCAGCACAGCUGUGCAAACGACCCGGCAGAGACAGGAGCUCUGGCAGCACCCAGUGCCCCGCAGUGCCUUCACCGUGACCAGCCUCAGCCCUCCGCCUCGCACACAGAGUUGAAAGAGGAACCCCCUCCCUACUAAAACCCCGCUCCCAAUGCAGCACCCUCUCCCCGCUCCUCCUUUCCCCCUGCAGCUCGACACAGGAGCAGCGACCGUCACCGUGGCUCUGGCGCCGUCCCCUCCUCCCGCCGGACCGCCGAGCCGCUCCUCCCGCAUGUCUGAUGGCCCCAACCGCAUUAACUGUAAUUUUGUACGAAGAGUGACUGUCCAUUGGUUUAAUAGAACGUUAGCUAUUGUAAUAAUUUAUUGGCUGUCAGUAAUGUAUUUAUUAGUUACAAAAUGUUAAUAAAGUGCCAGCUCUUUUCUA